AUGGCCGCUGUCGUUGGCGGUGGAGAUGGUGCAUUGGGCCAGCUGCCACUCGAGCAGUGGUUCUUCGAGAUGCCCGUUUGCACACGAUGGUGGACCACAGCGACAGUCAUCACCGGGAUUCUGGUGCAAUGCCAGAUCCUCACUCCUUUCCAGCUAUUCUACAGCUUCCGCGCCGUCUUCCAUAAGCAGCAGUUCUGGCGAUUGAUAACGACCUUUAUCUACUUCGGCCCGCUAUCCCUCAACCUCCUCUUCCACAUCUUCUUCAUCCAGCGCUACGCCCGCAUGCUCGAAGAGUCGGCAGCAUCGGUCGCUCAUUUCAGCUGGCUCCUCGCCUACACCUCCGUCACACUCCUCGCGAUUGCGCCGAUGUUUAGUCAAGCCUUUCUGGGCACUACGCUUAGUAGCACGCUGGUGUACAUUUGGUCAAGGCGGAAUCCUGAUACGAGAUUGAGCUUCCUGGGCUUGCUCACGUUCAAGGCACCCUGGUUGCCGUGGGUGUUGGUGGCAUUCAAUGUGGUGCUGCAUGGACACUGGCCAAAGGAUGAGCUGUGUGGUAUUGCUGUCGGACAUGUCUGGUACUUCUUCAACGACAUUUACCCAUCGACACACAACGGACACCGACCGAUGGAUCCUCCUCAGUGGUGGCUUAGACUCUUCGAGAGACAAGCAUUGCCCCCACCAGAGACGGACAUACAUGCUGCGGCUCUGAAUAGAGACGUGGCCGCACCCGCUGUUCCUGAAGUGAGGUAG